CAACAAUCACACAGAGGGCGAGAACGAGGCCUGGCACGCAAGCUCCGCCCUCAGCGUCUGCUUCCGUGCCUGAGCCGGAUGUUAGGGUUUGAAUUUCUCCGAAGGCGGCAGCUGUAUGUUACACAGCGCCGAGGAAAAGGGCGGAGAGGCGGGGGUCAGGGGAGCCGGCACCAGGAGGAAGUGGCAAAAUGAGUAAUUCCAGCGCUGCCUGCAUGCUCUGCGGACGGCCAGAUGACUGUAUUGAGAAAUAUGGCGAGAAAAUAACUUCAGAAGAACAUAAGUUGACUUUGCACUAUUACUGUCUUAUCUUGUCUAGUGGUAUUUGGCAGAGAGGGGAAGAGGAUGAAGGGAUAUAUGGAUUCCUGAUUAGUGACAUUAAGAAAGAAGUGAACAGAGCCAAGAAACUGAGGUGCGGUGUCUGUAGAGCACUGGGCGCGUCCAUCGGCUGUGUGUUCCCUCGUUGUAAACGCAGCUAUCACUUUCCCUGUGGGGUGAACAAGCAGUGCAUUUUCCAGUUCAUGGAUAGCUUCAGGUCGUACUGCUGGGAUCAUCGGCCAGUGCAGAAAGUUCUCUCAACUGAAACUGGAGAAUCCUCCCCAUGCACAAUAUGCUUCGAAAAUGUGGACCACGUCCCAUCUUAUCAUAUCCUACGAGGACCUUGCUGCAAAACAUCCUGGUUUCAUAGAGACUGCCUACAGUACCAGGCACUGAGUGCAGGAUUAUUUUUCUUCCGCUGUACGGUGUGUAACAAUAGGGACUUGUUCCAGAACGAGAUGCUGCACAUGGGAAUCCACAUACCAGAAAGAGAUGCAGCAUGGGAACUGGAGGAGAACGCUUUCCAGGAGCUUUUAGUUAGAUAUCAGCGCUGUGAUGUUGAGAAGUGUAUUUGUCGUAAGGGACGGGAAUAUAAUAAACUGGAGAGUAAGUGGGAAGUUGUGCGCUGCCAGUGCUGCGGGUCCAGUGGUGCGCAUAUGGCUUGUGCUUCCAUUCAGCAAGUGAACCAGAACUGGGAGUGCACAGACUGUCAAAGCAUCAGCUGCUCUCCAGGAAAAAGAUCACGUCCUGCAUCACUUGGUCCAUCUGAGACGCCUGAAAAUUCAGGAAUUGGGGUCGGACAGCAUUCUCCAAAAUGUGCCAGAAGAUCCAGAGAACCUAGACAAGUGCUCUUCAAACAGGUUCAAAUCCAGAACAGACACAUUUCUGAUAUUGUUCAGGAGCUUAGGUCUCAGAUAGAAGACAAAGUGUGCACAUUGCGAGUGCACAGAAAAUACCUUUGGAGAAGCUCCCUGAAGUGUUUCCGAAAAAACAACUUCUCUCCUAGCAAGACUCUACAGUUAUCACUUACAUAUGAAACCCAUAAGGAGGAAAAUCAGCAACCAGCUGUAUCCCUAUCUCUGUACUUCAAGCUGCUGCUUCAUACUAUCCAGAGCUCUGAUUUGUUUGAAGGAUCUGAAUACAAAAACCUUUCAUUGAAUAUGGGUGCCCUGCAAGACAACCUGUACUUUGAAGCUGGUAGAAUGUUGGCAGUAGCACUGGUGCAUGGUGGGCCAGCUCCAAACUUUCUGUCUCAAACACUCUUCUAUUGCCUCGUCUAUGAUUCUCAGCAUGUCAAGCCAGUUUUAGAAGAUAUAGCAGAUCCUAAUGUUCUAGAGGCAAUAUUAACGAUUCAGUCUUGUCAGAAGAUUAAUGAGUUAAAGGCCGCUACUGCCCAUUAUUUUGACUAUCUGCAGAAGACUGGCACUUUGCAUCUUAUACACAGUGUGAGCGACAAGGCCAUGUUGGUGAAAGAUAUUAUGGCUUAUCACGUAAUUCGGAGAGUUCAGGAGCCACUUGAAAGCUUUAAGCAAGGUUUGAAGACCCUAGGAGUGCUGCAGAAAAUCCAAGCCUAUCCAACUGCCUUUUGGAAUAUCCUGUGCAUGAAGCCAGAGAAGCUAACGGCUAAAGACCUAUCUGAACUUUUCACCAUCACUUGUCAUGCGAAUCUCAACCACAUUCAGAAGCAUAAUGCUACUAAUCUUUGGGAGGAGUAUCUAGAAGACACAGAAGAUGGGAUGACUGCUGUUUCCCUGGAGAUCAUCUUGAACUUUGCAACAGGCUUGGACUCCAUCCCACCAGCUGGUUUUGAGCCACAACCAUCCGUUUUUUUCCGUGGCGACCAUGUGUUUCCCUCUGCAAGGAAAGGCAUUAACUGUAUGGAGCUUCCAGGAACCUUAAGCUAUGGGAAGUUUAGAGAAAGCAUGGACACCGCCAUAUGUACAGCUAUGGUCAGUCCUAGCUAGGAUUGCAGUGGUCACUGGAAGCUGCCGUUUGCUCAUUUACACUAUAUAUGUCGUUGGUGGUUGGAGUGUAAGACUGUGCUAGAUAAAGUGACUGCUGAUAUGCACUCGUUUCACUGCAAUAUUAUGUGCAAUUUCCCUUUUAUUAUUCCCACCUAAUGACAGAGUAUGUGUAGCUACAUCAAGGCCUCAGGAAAUCAUAUAUUUGAUACGAAGACUCCUCUAUUUUGUUACAAAGCACCUAAAAGGGUUGAUUAUUUUUAUUUUUUCCUUCUUGAGGGAGGGGUUUCCCAGCACCAGAACCCCAAUGUACAGAGAAACAAUAUGGUCAAUGUUAUGAAUUUCCUACUAUUGAUUUUAAAGCACCAGAACUCCAGUGUACAGAGGAACAAUAUGGUGCAAUGUUAUUAAUUUCCUACUAUUGAUAUUACAUUAAUGUUCCUUUUACUAUUAUCUCAUAAGAGGCGUUAUAACUUAUUUUGAGUAUAGAAUCGACUAACGUGUGUUUUUAUGAUCUGUUCAAAUGCAUUAGGAGGUGCAGUUGUGGAUGGGGUUGGGAGAACUAAUACUUAUUUGAAAUCACAAGUCUUGUGUGUUACUGCAAAGCUUCCAGACUUAUGCCCAGCCGCUAAAGCAGCCUAUGCUUCAUACCUUUUGAAGCCAUGGCCUGGACAAGGUACGUUCAGGAGCUCCUUGUAUGCCUGGUUCAAACAACAAAAAUAUUCCAUAUAAUGUUUUACAGGUUUUUCCUUUCGGUUCUCCCUCUCAUCUAUCUACUUUUUAUAGCCUUUGGGUCACAGAUAAGCUCUUGAAGAUUUAUUUUCAGCCCACAGUAUUAUAUAGUGAAUAUAUAAUGUUGAUAACAAAAUAAUUCAUGAAUUGACAAUGUGUAAAGCAGAUUUCUAAUAUUUUCUCAACUGCAAACAUAGGACAUUAUGUUAGCCAGGCAGCGUUUUGGGAACAUUACUGCGGCACGUUUUAUAUUGUGUGAGGCAUCUUUGCAGGCUGGAUCAUACUUGGGUUAAGAGAGUGUGAAUGGUAUGUGCUACCCAAAUAAGCCUUGUUAGACAUUUGCACUCAAGGUUUUGUAUGGAACUACCGGACCUCAAAUUUCUAAGUUGUUGACAAGCUAACAAUCUUAAAGAUUGACUGUAUUAUAUUUAUGUGUUUACUUUUGCUAAUAUCUGACCUAUUGUGGGUCAUUUUUCCAGUUUUUAUUUAUAGGACUUUAUUACUUUGAGUGUCAUAUUUUUGUUUUAGGUGGUUGUGUUACAGUAAAGAUAUUGCUGUAUUCAUCACACUGUGAUUUAUUGUUCUGUUAUUCUAUAUUGUUAUUUUAAAUCCUCACUGUGUUGUACAGAUUUCUCACCAGUUCUCUUCACUUCCAGAAUUAAUUUUCUUGCGGUUUACUCUUUACAGCCAUUGUUCCAAACAAAAAAAAUCAGAUCCUGGGUUAGUUUUGUGUUCCUAUUUCAUCUUGAAAAUGGUGAGGCAAUAAGAGUUCAUGGUAAACUUUUUUUAAAUAGUAAAACUAUGCUUCAAAAAACAA